AUGAAUACAGAAGUUUCUUCAGUUACAGGCUUUGCACCAUAUCAAAUAGUGUUUGGCAGAAAAUCUCAUGCUAAUUAUUUUCUUCUUGAGUCUCUUUUUGAACAAUCAAUUAUGAAUGAAGAAGACCUUCCUGAAGAUUUGAAUAUCGAAUCAGAUGAACAAGAGAUAGAAAGUAUCAUGAGGAAUAUGACAGAAAUAAAUGUGAUGAACAUGACAGAAAUUUUCAAUGAUCAACAGCAACAAUCAGCAGAACCCAGCAUUGGGAGGAACGUGACGAAUAUGACAGAAAUUUUCAAUGAUCAACAGCAGCAACCAGCAGAAUCCACCAUCAGGAGGAACGUGACGAACAUGAUAGAAAUUUUCAAUGACCAAUGGCAGCAACCAGCAAAACUCGCUAUUGAGAGGAAUGUGACAGAUAUGACAAAAAUCCCCAAGAGAAAAACAAAAAAAAUUACCAACCUACAAUUGCAACAGCAAAUAGAAAAUAUCAUCAAAAAAGAAAAUAUUGAACGACAAGCAGAGAAAAUUAGCAACUCAGGAAGUACUAGUACUUACGUCAAUAACUCUUAUCAUACUUCAGUUACAGUUUCAAGUGACAAAUAUAAUAGUGAUAAAUGCAAUGCAUUACGUGAAAUUAUUAACUUACCUACUGGUCAUCAUCAACGAAAAAUAUCUUAUGAAAUUGGAGAGUUUGUGCGAAUUGGAAUUCCUAAGAUUAAUCAUUCAAGUACUGAUAGAAAGCUUCUCAUAUGCAAAGUGGUUGGAAUUAUCGAUGGUGAGCUUUACAAAUUAGAGUGUAAGUCAGGAAUACUGAAUAUUUGUUGUAAUGCAGUGGAAUUGAUUUCUACAAAAGUCACAGAUUUUCCAGAAUUACGAGAAAUACCAAAUACCUUGAUUUUUUUGCACGAAGCAUCAUUGUGUCAAAGCUGGGGAGAAAUGACAAAUUAUCAAUGUAAUUAUAGGGGAAGUUGCAAAACUAAUCAUUGUAAUUGUAAGAAAGCUGGAGUCUUGUGUGGAGCACGGUGUCAUGGUGGUGGUAGCAGUAUUUGUAAAAAUUAA